AUGGAAACUGUUGGCAUCGAAUCUAAGCGCGCUGAGGAGAUCCAGCAGGCCCUGGAGAUCCAUAUCAACCAGAGAAACAACUACCAUCAGUGCAUGAGCGCGAUUGCAAUACGUUUUGAGGAUGAUGACACGGGAGCAGCCACGGACACGAAGAAUUUCACUGGCCUUAUGGCCGUACUCGGUAUCAGAACAGUUGAGGAAUGUGUACUUCAAGCAGCAGACAAAGCGCCUGCUUGGACUCUUAAUGGACGGCUUAACAAUCACCUCAGAGUCUCAAUCGACAAAUCCUCUCCAGACAAACCAGGGCGUGUUCUUCUUAUUGCCUUUUACGCUGGACACGGUUUUAAUGAUCCCUGCCACGGCUUGACCUUUGGAGCGAACCCUAGAUCCAGAACAACUAUGCGUUUUUCUACGCUUGCGGAGUCAAUGAGUUCAUAUGUUACCGUGUCAUCUGUGCCUGUCGAUAUUGUUUUUAUCGUUGACUGCUGCGGUGCUGCUGCUGCGUCUCUGCGCCCAUGUCCUAUUACAGGAACAUUUGAGGUCCUUGCAGCCGUCUCAGAAGACCAAAUUGCCUUCGGCUCUUCAGAGUAUAUGGUCACACGUCGCACGUUUACCGCAAAGCUCGCUCAGGCUGCUGCUGAAGUGCGUGGGAAGGCCCAGUCUGUAGACUUUGCAGAGCUUUUGGAGCGGGCUUACGAUCUGUCAACUAAAAAGUUUCCUGUUCAUAAACUCCUGCAUGGCUCUGUCUCCGUUCGCGUGAAAUUCCCGACCCCUGGAACCGACACGUCAAGCCUCUCCGUCGCACCCGAUUCUCCUUGCUAUAAGGUUGCUUUUAGCUGCCAUAUCUGCGAAGAUCCAGACUCCACGGGAGUCAUGAACCUCCUACGAUGGAUUGACUCUUUAGAUGCUUCAGUUGGUAUCAAGAUUGAGAAAGUGUAUCGAGUUCGCUCUACGGGAAUCCUCUUACUCGCACCAUACUCUCUCUUCUGCACCCUCCGCCAACUCGCAGGUGCUCGACCAAUAUUCGCUUAUGCAUACGAGUUCGAUCCACGUUUACCUAGCCCCUCAGUAUCGGACUUGAAGCAGAAGACAGUCAGGAAAGUAUACCUAACCAAAGCAACAGCGACAAAGGCCCUGUCCACCCUUAACAUUGGGAUUCCCAAGUUUAACACCGAGUGUGAAGACAAGGAAGUAUUCAUAGGGCAAAAAGCUGAUAUUCAUUUAGCUCUUCAUAUAGUAAGUUACUUCUCAAUAGUUAUAAAUGCCGAAACACCAUUCAUUAGUAGUAAACUUGUAACUGAGCAGAAGUAUGGUAAUUAUUACCUUCAAACCCAGUAA